CCUGCAUCGGGGUUCUGAUGACGUAUAUUUUACAUCUAUCGUGUCUGUUUGUUUUUAGAUUCAUGAUAUAAAAAAGUUUUAACCCGUGAAGAUAUUACUGAAUUGUGAUCCGGAGACCGGCUCAGUACCACAAAACAAUGAGCGACGAAAAUAAGCAGGAGGUCAUACAACCAGAUUCAAGCAGCGAGUCGGCAUCUGAAGACGAGUCGGCUCCAACAGCUGACGCUUUACCCCAAUAUCACUAUGAUAAAGCCAUUGCGGAGUCACUAGCAGAGAACAUGUAUAAUCUAGCCGUGGAGUCGGACCAAGAUGAUGACGACGAGGAUUUGAAUCCAUCGCCCUCAUCACGACCACCAAAACAGCCUUUUGUAUUUGAUAACUACGCAGAAGACGAUUUUGAAGAAUUUGAUAUCGAUACUAAGAUAAGCAAAAUUGCAGGCUUGGAACACUUGGUUGUAAACAGUCCUCUUUGGUACGCGCGUGUAAAGCCAUACUUGACUGUGCCGGAACGAGAAAUAUUGUGGAACAGGACUCCUUGGAAAGAAAAAAUGUAUUGGGAUUGGGAUGACUCCGAAGACUCUGAUGCUGAUUACGAUGAUGUUCCUCCUCCAAUAUUUAAGGACCAGUACUAUAUCGCAUUUAUUUAAAAGUUUUUGUUGUAGCUAAUUUUGUUACGUAAAAUUAUGAUUUUACUUCUUAAUAUACUAUGGUAUCUUGUAAUUAAGUUUUAACAUAUUUUAUAAACCCUUAAGUAUUAACAGCUUGCAAGUAGGGUGAUGCGAAAUCGGAGUGUUAUAUAUAUUUAGAUUUUACCUUCUAAGCAACAUAGUAUAUGUUCUAUUUCAUAUUAUAUAUCACGUUUAUAAAACGAUGUAGUUCACAUCGCACUUAUUUAAAUUUAUAUAAGCUAUUUUCUAUUAAUGGAUAUCAUAUUAUUUUGGAUUGUUUAUAAGCCCUUUCAAGUAUAUCUGUAUCGGUUGCAAGUAGGGUAAUGCAAAGUUGGAGUGUUAUAUACAUUAUAUAUGUGUAGAUUAUG